AUGCUUAUCCAUGAAAAUCUUGGAAUAUUUGCAAAAAAGAUGAUGAUUUUAGCGCUUCUGUCUCAUACAGUAUGCAAAGCAAAUGCAAAGAGCUGCACUGUAAUUGAACCAAUUCCUAUUCUGCACAAAUAUUAUCAGUCAGGUGAUUUCAUCAUUGGUGGCAUUAUUCCUCAAAUCCUUAGGCCAUAUAAUCCAAUAGACUUCAGUGACCAUCCCCAUCAUGCAAUGAUUGAUGAGCUAAUUGUACUGACUAAAAAUUAUCAGCAUACGCUGGCCUUAAUAUUUGCUGUAAAGGAGAUAAAUGAAAACCCACAGAUCUUGCCUAAUUUUACAUUAGGUUUCAACAUUUAUGAUAGCUAUUAUGAAGCAAAAUGGACCUAUCACAGUGCUAUGGAACUUCUCUCCACACAGAAAAGAUUUAUUCCCAACUAUAGGUGUGACAUCCAGCAUAAUCUGGUAGCUAUUAUCGAAGGGCUUGAUAUUGAUGUCUCACUUCCUAUAGCAAACAUUCUGAGUAUCUACAAGGUUCCACAGCUGGAGAAUUACUGUUUUGAAAAAUAUACUGCUCAAUAUAUCUUAUUCUCAGUAUGGAUAUGGGUUGGAAUUUUGGCAAUAAAUGACGACAAUGGAGAUAGGUUUGUGCAGAGAAUACUUGCAGGAUUUCCUAUGAAUGGUAUCUGUUUUGCCUUCAUAGAGAGAAUCAAUAUUCCUUUCCUUGAUGAUUAUAUUAGUUCAAUUAGUGAAAUGAUUGGAAUUGUUGAAAAAAUUAAAAAGAGUAAAGCUAAUGUGUUGGUUCUCUAUGGAGAAACUCGAACAAUGAUAUAUUGGAGAUGGAUGCUUCGACUAUUUGAGGUAAAAGGCAUGGUGUGGAUUAUGUCAGCCCAGAUUGAUCUCUUUUCCUUACCUUAUCAAAGAGACUGGGACAUCCAAGUCAUCAAUGGAGCACUAUCUUUCACUGUUAAAUCAUGCAAGCUUCCAGGUUUUCAACAUUUUUUUCAAAACAGAAAACCUUCCAACUCAAAGGGUGACAAUUUUCUACUAGCCUUUUGGGAACAAGCAUUUUUUUGUAAAUUUUCACAUUCCCAUACAGCUGGGGAUAUUUGCAUGGGAGAAGAGAAGGUUGAGAACCUUCCUGGGACAGUUUCUGAAAUGUUCAUGAUGGGACCUAGUUACAGUAUCUACAAUGCUGUUUAUACUAUGGCUCAUGCACUUCAUGUGCUGCAGAAAUUGAAAUCCAGAUAUGGAUCAAUGGCAGUUGAGCAAAGAUGGAAGUUUCAAAAUCAGCCAUGGCAGUUUCAUCACUUGCUCAGAGGUUUUUCAUUCAACAACAGUGGCAGAAACAAAAUUUCAUUUGAUCACAAUGGAGAAUUAAUAGUUGGGUUUGGCAUUAUGAAUUGGGUCACAUUUUCAAAUCAAACAUUUCUUAAAGUGAAGGUUGGAAAAAUGAAUCAUAUGUCCACAUCAGAACAAGAGUUCAGCAUUAAUGACCAUGAAAUCACUUGGCAUGACAUUUUCAACCAGACAUUGCCUCUCUCAAUUUGCAAUAGCAAUUGUCAAAUGGGCUAUAGAAGAAAAAGUCUUGAAGGAAAGCCAUUUUGCUGCUAUGAUUGCAAUCGAUGUCCUGAAGGGAAAAUUUCUAACAUGAAAGAUAUGGAUGACUGCUUUAAAUGCAAAGAAGACCAAUAUGCAAACAAAGAACAGUAUUUAUGUCUUCCUAAAGUCAUUACUUAUCUAUCUUAUGGAGACCCUUUGGGAAUGAGUUUAGUUUUGUCUGUUACUGCUUUUGCUGUCCUCACAGCUCUGGUGUUUGGAAUUUUUAUGAAGCAUCACAAUACUCCUAGUGUCAAAGCCAACAACCAAGAUCUCACUUAUGCUCUCCUAUUCUCUCUCCUUCUUUGCUUUCUUUGUUGUUUGUUGUUUAUUGGCCAACCCACAAAAGUAACAUGUCCCCUACGACAAAUGAGCUUUGGAAUCAUCUUCUCAGUGGCGGUUUCUUGCAUGUUAGCAAAAACCAUCACAGUGGUUCUGGCUUUCAUGGCCACCAAGCCAGGAAGCAGCAUGAGAAAAUGGAUGAGGAAAGGUCUGGGCAGUUCCAUUGUUCUCUUCUGCUCCUUGAUUCAAACAGGCAUUUGUGCCAUAUGGCUUGUAACCUCUCCCCCAUUCUCAGAUGUUGACAUACAGUCAGAAGUUGAAUAUAUAAUACUGGAAUGCAAUGAAGGCUCAUUGAUUAUGUUCUAUUCUGUCCUAGGCUAUAUGGGUUUCCUAGCUAUUGUAAGUUUCACUAUAGCUUUCUUUGCUAGAAACUUACCAGAUACUUUCAAUGAAGCCAAAUUCAUCACAUUCAGCAUGUUGGUCUUUUGUAGUGUAUGGUUAUCCUUUAUUCCAGCUUACCUAAGUUCAAAGGGAAAAUACACAGUAGCUGUGGAGGUCUUCUCAAUCUUAGCCUCUACUGUUGGGUUGUUAGGUUGUAUUUUUUUCCCAAAAUGCUUCAUAAUUUUAUGGAAACCCCAACUAAAUAACAAAGAUCAGUUAAUAAGAAAAAAAAGUGUGUCUCACUCACACCUAAAUGGCACAAAGAAGACAACCCCCCCCAGAAAAACAUAUCUUGGCAUGAUAUUUGCUGUGAAGAACAUCAAUGAAGACAUCCAAUUCUUACCAAAUAUCACCUUGGGCUUCAGAAUCUUUGAGAGUUGUGGUGGUGACUACCUAUAUCAUGUCUCAAUGGAACUUUCUUCCAGUCAGAAACAACUAAUUCCUAACUACAGGUGUGACAUCCCGAACAAACUUAUAUCGGUUGUUGUGACUAUUGAUCCAGCUAUUGUUAGUGAUAUGGUAGAUAUUUUAGAGACUUACAAAGUUCCAGAGAGCUUUGGAUGA